AUGAAGAUGUUUCGUUGCUUCUCUCGCCGGGAAAAACUCUGCGAAUACGCUGCUGAGGCAGCUGAUUUUGCAACACGUGGCAAACUGCCAAGCCUCAGAUAUGCGCUGAAUCAUAAUGGCAAAGAAGAUGUUGCAAUGUUUGAUUUCACGUCACUUUUCUCUGCGCAGUGUUCGGUGCGUCUUGUUGAACGAUACGAUCAACGGCUUCUGAUGUCAAUCGUUGGUGAUAGCUUACAUGAAGUAUGUUUUUUUUAA